CGUGAAGGGACCUGCCGCGAGCGAGCAAUGGAGAAUACAACUUCAAGUAUAGAAUCUGAAUACAUCAAGAACCUCCAGCAACAAAUCUACUUCCUUGAACUGGAAGCCAAUUUUCUGCGUGAACAGACUAAAAAAGCCACUGAUCUUCAACCCCGCAUUACCUCUGAAACUGAACACUUGCUUCAAAAGCUACAGGAAUUACAGUCCCAAGCUGAUGGCCUUCAUUUGGAACUCAAGCGAAAGGAAGCCAGUUUAAAUAUGCUGAAAACAGACAGAGAACGAAUUAAUAACCAGAUCAAUAUUGCAGCUGAACUUCAUUCUAGAGAGAAGCAGGCUUUAGUAGAGGAGAUCAUACAACUGAAGAGAAGGAAGGAACAGACAGACAGACAGGCGUCUGAAAAGGAAAUGGAGCUAUUGCGUGCCAGGCAGGAAUUAGAACAGCAACAAAUCAGUCUGAGUAAUUGUGAACAGAAAAUCCUUGUGAUACAGUCAAAGUUGAAGCAACGUUCAGAGCAGCGGACAGCAAUAGAGUUGCAGCUUUCUGAAAAGAGAAAGGAACUUACGAAAGUGCAGUUUGCUGUGCAUGAAAUGGAAGACAAAAUAUUUAAAAAAACUGCAAUGAUGCAAGACCAGAUCACACAUGACAUCAGAAGUGAGAUAAGUUUUCUUCAUCAGCAAUUGAGAGAGAAAGAACUACUGGCAGAGCAGGAUCGUUUCUUAAGAAGCAAAAUGAUGGAUGAUUAUGCAUCCCUGACCACAGAGAAUGCUGUGCUGCGUUCCCAGCUCUUGGAACUUAACAAGCAACUGAACAUAGAGAGAGCCCUCAGGGAAGAGAGUUAUGUAUCUCAGUCUUCCAGCUUUACUCAACUUCUCAAAGUGAAAGACCAAGAAGAGCAUCUGAAACAUGAGAUCAAGAUGCACCAAGAGCUCUUGCAGCAGGAAAAAAAAAACUUGCAGGAACUUACGGAAAAGAUUCAUAUUUUGGAACAAGGAAGCACAUCUCUUGACUUAAAUGUAGCAACAAUAUUUAGUCGAAUAGCUGAAAUGAAGGGUAUGCUGGACAAAGAUGAACAGUAUAAUACUGAACUACAAAGAGAUAAAGCUUUGUUGGUAGAUCUUGUAUCUAGUUUACAAAACCAGCUUGUUGGGAAGGACAAUGAACUCUCGCAAACAUCUACUAAGAUGCUGCAGCUUGAUCAGGAUAUUUCAGCACUGAAAACAAAGCAUGUGCUACGUCAGUCUCUUCAGUCAGAAAAAUGGCAGGAAAUCUCUAAAAUGGCAAGCUUGAUGAGGAAACUUACCAAAUCAAUGACAGAUGUAGCUGAUAGCAUGGGGAAAUAUUAGGUUGGGUGAUUCAAUUAGAGGUACUAUGCUGUAGAUGGAAAAUUAAUCCUUUAAGUACAUCAUGACUUUAAUUUCAGUGGGCUAUUCAUCUUUAUGAUCACUUUUGUUUUUAACAAAAUUGAUUUCAGAGUUUUAAAAUGCUAUGAAAAUACUUGUAAUGGAGCAGUUUCUUUUUCACUCUACCACAUAGACAUGAGAUUGUCUUCAUGAAGCCAAUAAACAGUGUAGAUUUGGUUCCUUAAAUGUAUUUGAAAUCUAGUAAGUGUAGAUCUAGCUUUUGUGAUUGCCAAAUAUUGUAAUUUUGUUCAGUAAAAUGUUACUCAGUUUCUCUUUAUACCGUAGUGAAUACGUUUUCUUGUGUGAAAAAAUGAGAUAUGUGAGUGAAAAAGAUUUCAUCCAUAAUAGGGCUUCAUAAAAAUAUGAAUAAAAUAACCUAUUUUUCAGCAGAUUUAAUGGAUUUAGAUGCAUAAUUCCCAUUAAAUUUAAUCCAUAUCUCUUAGACAGCUUUGAAAAUCUCAUCCUAUAUUUUUUAAAAAGCAAAUGUACUGAUUGUGCUGUAUUCAGUGAAACAGUUAUAUAUAGAGAGGGGUUGCUCUGCUGUUUCACAAAUUUUUAACUAUAUCCUGCCAUUAGUGUGCUUUGAAAUUUUUAAUCCAAAAUAUCUAUUUACUUAGAUUAGAGAGACAAGGUGAGUGAGGUAAUAGCUUUUACUGGACCAACUUCCGUUGGUGAGA